AUGUCGCUUUGCCAAAAUCGUCUUCAAGAAGAGCGCAAGCAAUGGCGCCGUGACCACCCCUUUGGAUUCGUCGCAAAGCCCCAGCGGACGGCGCAGGGAACGUUAGACCUUAAGCGCUGGGAAUGCGCCGUACCCGGAAAGAAGGACACCCUCUGGGAAGGUGGAGUUUACAAGCUGGACGUGAUCUUUCCUGACGAAUAUCCUACCAAGCCACCCAAGUGCAAAUUCACUCCGCCGCUUUUCCACCCGAACGUCUACCCUUCCGGCACAGUCUGCCUUUCCAUUUUGAACGAGGAGGAAGCUUGGCGUCCCGCGAUCACAAUCCGCCAAAUUCUGCUCGGAAUUCAGGAUCUGCUGAAUGAUCCCAACCCCGAAUCGCCCGCGCAAGCCGAUGCCUACAACCUCUUUAAGAAGGAUCGCCCUGCAUAUGAACGACGAGUCCGCCAAGUGGUGAAGGAAAACCCGCCGAUGUAG